AUAUUAUACUUAUACCGUUGGAAACGAGAUGUCGCUGAUGAUUCGAUUUGAUGUUUUUUUUAAAAAAAGAUGGAUUUGAAACAGAUAUCUUAUCAAUUUUAGAUACCCAAAACAUCAGUUACAUCAAAUUGAUAAUUUUAGCACUACUUUUUGGGAUUCACAAAAGGUAGUCCAGUAUUCUCGAGUUCCUCAAAUGUAACAGAGUCGAUUCAAAAGUGUUUUUUGUUGCGAGGUGUCCAACGUUUCUUGCAACAAAAAAACACAUGACCGGGAGUUUGUGAAGUGUGGUGAAACCGUUUUAUUUCAAAAGUUCCGAGGAGUCAGCCAGUAUGGCCCUUCCAGCCGCAAUGGUUCUGUCGGGCAUGCCGCGGAACCAUUUCCCAGACCAUCUUCAGAGCGUCUUCAAUCAAGGAUCGGUUCUGCUGAAGAGCCCGAGAUCUGCCAGCGCUGCUUCCUCUUCGAGUUCCUCAUCCACUGCGGUUCCCGAUGAACCCUCAUCAUCGGCUUCCUCCGUGAUUGGUUCUCCUCCCGAGUCGUCUUCUGGUUCCAGAGCUUCGUCCUCGCAGACUCUCGAAAUGGCUCCUUCACCGGGCAGGAAUAUGAGGAACGUGAGGAACUUUGUGAGGAUGCUAUCGGAUGAUGAAUUCCCAAUUCCAGACUUAUUCAACCGUCACCGCCCCAAUCCUGACGAAAACGGAAAGACUCGGGUGAUGUACCAAAAGCGAAACUUACUAGAUUUGGAAAGAAACUUACGAGGAAAUUUUCCACUUCAGUAUGCUGCCAUUCCUAGAGGCGUCAACAAUUUUUUUGAGAAUAGAUCACAACUUUCGAGACUCCACGGGGCCCAAAUACCCCCCUACGAGACGUUCACGUGCAAACGUGAGAACUGUGGUUUCGAGGAACCCAUCUAUGACUAAAACCGAUUCCAAUAUACGGGGGAGUGUCUAAAGUAUUAAACGUGUUGGAUGUUUUUGACUAUCCUGUACACGAGGCAGGGCUUUAUACGAAACGUUUUAGUUUCAGUGAUAUCGUUAAGGGUGAUAAUAGGUAGUUUCGAAGGAAACGUGCAUAUUUCUUCUCAACGCUCUGGCCAUUGCAAUAUUUUCAAGUGAUUAGAUUAGUCCAUUUGUUGGGGGGGUUUGGGACGAAAUUAUGCAAUCCUUCAUGUCCAGCCAAAGGUACUAUUAUAUUAAUUUAAGAGUCAAAUACUUAUUAGGUUUAGGUUUUGAUAGGGAACGAAUGUGAUUGCAUGUGAAUUUUAAAUUGACUGAACUUUUCAUGGUAUGGUACCAUAAGAAUAAUAGCUUUUAAUCUGUGAAUUUUUUUUGAAUUUCAUUUUCAAAAUGACUUGACAAUAACAUUGUGAUUUUCGUUUUGUACAUUUUUUCAAUAUAUAAGAUUUUUGAAA